AGAUAACGGAACACGCGUCUACGUACUUGAGUUGCUGGGUAGAUAAAUUGAAAACGACGUCGUUCAGGCCAAGUUCGACUCUCACUUGAACACAGGGGACGACCAGUACGGAAUCAGUUAGAAUCCGCUAAAUCCUCUUUUGCGUCGCAACAUAUAUUUGAUAUUUGUUGGAAAUGGCAGCGGACUGCGAGGCCUGGUUGAACGCGAACCCCGUUGAGGCCGAGAAUCUAAGUGACUCCGUUGUGUCUGAAGACGAAGGCAAUGUCGGAACGCUUGGCAACAACAAAAACAUCACCAACGAGAUCAACGGCAACUGGCUGUCCUCAUCUAGCAACAGCAUACAUGAGGCGCGUCUCAAGGCGAAGGCCAAGCGGAGGCUCAGGAAGAAUUCCUCCCGGGAUUCCGGUCGGGGGGACUCACUCAGCGAUAACGGGGAUCUGGUCAGGGGAACCGCGGUUGCCCCCACCAGCCCAAAAAGCAAGCUGAUGGACCGGAAGUCCAGACUGGGGAAGGGCAGAGGUCUGCCAAAGAAAGGUGGGGCUGGAGGCAAAGGCGUGUGGGGCCGAUCCGGUGAGGUUUACGGACCCCAGCAAGUAGAUGAGAAAGACCCCAACUAUGAUGAAGCUCAGGAAAACUGUGUGUAUGAGACUGUGGUUCCUCCGCUGGACGAGAGGGACUUUGAGAAGACGGUCACGCCCAUCGUGCAAGAGUACUUCGAACAUGGAGAUACGAACGAAGUAGCGGAGCUGCUAUCAGAGCUGAAUCUGGGGCCCAUGAGGAGCGAGGUGCCAUCACUGGCUGUGUCGUUAGCCCUGGAGGCUAAGUCCAGCCAUCGAGAGCUGACCUCCAGGCUGCUGGCUGAUCUCUGUGGGUCCGUCUUGUUCCGCAGUGACAUGGAAAAAUCCUUUGACAAACUCCUCCGAGAGCUCCCUGAGCUGGUGCUGGACACACCUGGAGCCCCUCGGUUGAUGGGCCUUUUUAUUGCACGCGCUGUAAAUGACCAAAUAUUGUCAAAGAGCUACAUCGAGGGCUACAAAGGCCGAGUUGGCUGUGAAUACACAAGGGCGGCACUUGACCGGGCGACAGUGCUGUUGAAAAUGACUAAAGAGGGUCUUCGUGUAGACAACCAAUGGUCCGCAGGCGGGGGGCGGAGACCUGUGACGCAGCUCGUUAAAGAGAUGAACCUGCUGCUGAAGGAAUACAUUCUAUCUGGAGACAGCAAAGAGGCUGAGAGAUGCUUGAGGGAUUUGGAGGUUCCUCAUUUCCACCAUGAGUUUGUCUAUGAGGCAAUAGUAAUGGUAUUGGAGUCAAAGGGAGAGAAAACAUUCAACAUGCUUCUGCAGCUUCUUCGCUCACUGGCUGUAUCGUCCAUCAUCACCGUGGAGCAAAUGAGAAGGGGCUACGAAAGGGUUUAUAUGGACAUAGCUGAAAUUAACAUCGACGUCCCUCGUGCGUACUUCCUCCUUGAGCAGUUUGUGGAAAAGAGCUUCAGUAUAGGUGUCAUCGAUGUGAAGUUAAGAGAUCUUUGUCCCUGUAGGGGCCGCAAAAGGUUUGUCAGUGAGGGAGACGGGGGUGUCGUCAAGCUGGAACGCUAAGAAGGAGCUCUUUUAACGUACCCGCUCCUAGAUGAAGCUAACGUACUUUUUUUACUUGCAUAUUUUUCCAAAAAUAUUUUUCGUGCAUUUCUCGUAUGUCAAGAGAAUCGAGUUCUCGAACGGAGGCAGGGCGACGGAGCUGCACUUUUGCAACAGAAGUGUGUCGGUUUCCUCCAGUGUUUUCAGUAUGAUUACAUAAGCCAACACUGAAAUGCCACACCUGCGUGUCAGUCAUUCCAUGUUAUGCACAGUAUUCUGAUUUCACUUGCCACGCCUUUUUUUUUUGUGUUCCAGAAGGCAACCGUCUGUACAAAAAUGAGUGGUUCGUGUCAAAACAAGAGCUUUAUAAAAAAAAAACUUGUACGGAAAGUUCAGGAGAAACAUGUUUUUGCAAUACUGACCACCUUUCUAGCUGCUUUUUCUAUGCUCUUUGACACGUCUUAUACCCGCGAAGAUGUAAUUCUUGAAGGUAACAAGAAAAACGGCAGUUCAGGAAGUAUUGGUGUUUAGAGUGUUUAUUUUUAUAUCGACUGCACUGGUGUAUGUGUUGUGUUGCUCUCAGUUCGGUCAUUAAAACAACAAUAAGUCCUCA